GAAAAGCGAUCUGCUAGGAGGAGUCACACUCAAAUAGGAACUACAGAGGAUAGAUACACUGUUAGUGUGGUCUCCGAUCAUGCUGGAGGGCAGGAGCCUCCCAUACCUCUGGAGCCUCCCAUCAAGCUUGAAAUUCUCUCAGAUCUUUCAGCAGUUUUUGGAUACAGCUGGAUCACUACUGAUAGGACACUACUCAUGUGCUGCUACAUUUUGAGACUUUCAAAGGAUUUCAAGGAUUGAACCGAGCUCAGCUCUGUUGCUCCCAACUUUUUUUUCUACAGUUUCACGAAUACUCUUUGUGUGUCACCUGUGCAUUGAUUCAAGAAAAGUACCAGAUUUAAAUGCAAAGCAUUGUUGGAAUAUGGGACAUUUGGUUGUUCAAGUGGAUUUGCCAUGGAUUCUCUGUUCACUGCGCCUUUUCAUUAUGAUAAUUGCUGGUAAAGUUUCCCCUACCAGUUCCGAUGCCCUCUUCAGUGUACCUGCUCCUAGUGCCACCUCCAGCCCACCAGAAGUGUACCUCCCGGCUAACUUCAAGCUCUCCAACACACAGCUGGCCUUCUUUCUGCAAGAGACCCGUGUUCCAACAUACGGCACCCCACGUGGCCACCCUCUUCAACGUUCGGAGAGCUUUGUGGUCUUCCAGACCAAGGAGCUGCCUGCUGUCAACAUCUCACUUGGGCCCUUCACCAAAGACCAGAUACUCUCCAAGGACCUACUACAACCAUCGAGUCCUUUGGACAUUCCUGGAAGGUUGACAGUCAACUGGAAAGUCCGGGCCUUUAUUGUACAGUCUAGGGUUUUUGCUAGCAACCCGUUGGUUCAGGUGCUGUUCUAUAUCGCAGGGCGGGACUGGGAUGACUUCAAGAUUCAGGACAAGCUUCCAUGCGUGAGGCUGCAUGCUUUUAGAGAUGUUAGGGAGAUCAAAAAAUCUUGCAGGCUUCAAGGAAAUCUGGCGCAGUGCUUGGCCCAGCUGGAUCUCCCUUCCACGUGGUUUAAUGUUAAUGUAGCACCUUUGGGUCGCAGAAAAUCCUCUGGGACAGAAGGGCUUGAGUUGAGUGGGGAGACUUUUCAAGUGGAGCUUUACUAUACCCUCCAUGAUCCAGACAGCAAUGAUGAGUGUGGAGAGAGUUACCCUCGUCGAGGAGGGGUGUCCAGAGGGGAAGGUUCAUCCCAACAACCACUUCUCCGUAUUGGGAGCAUCAGUUUGUACCAGGCCAGUCAGGAACAACUGGUGAUAGACAAACAGCUUGACAAGAACCUCUUCCUGAGGCUUCCAGAGAAGCCAUUAAAACCAGGAGAGACCCUCAGCAUCCAUCUUUUCUUAGUCCCAAAUUCUACUGUGGAGCAUUUUACACUCAAGGUGAAGGCAAAGAAAGGGGUGAACCUCCUCAGCACGAACUCCAAGAGUAACCAGUGGAAGGUCGAAUGGGAUGUGCAGUCUGGAGCCAAACACUCUAUUGCCACUGUAGAAGUCAACAAGAUCAAAGGAAUCCCUGGGGACAUGGCUGCCAGCAUCGAAAUCAUGCAGCUAGACUUUGAGAUGGAGAACUUCACCAGCCAAUCGGUCACCAGAAGAAUCAACUGGAACAUUGAUUACUUAGGACAGAAUCCAGCCUCGGAUGCAGAGAAGGUGGUAACAGAGCUGACAGUUGUGCAAAAGGAUAUCCAAGCCAUCAUUCCACUUUCAAUGGACACUGAGAUUAUCAACAUGGCGGUUCUUACUGGCAGAACAGUAGCCAUUCCAGUCAAGGUGGUAUCCAUAGAGAUAAACGGAGCAGUCACUGAUGUCUCAACCUCUGUGCAGUGCAAGUCAUUCAACGAGGAUAUUGUCAAGGUGUCCAUGAACUGCGACUAUGUGUUUGUGAAUGGAAAAGAGACGCGUGGUUCCAUGAAUGCCCGAGUGAUUUUCAGCUUUGAGCACCUGAGUGCUCCUCUUGAACUCACCGUCUGGGUGCCCAAACUGCCCCUUAAAGUGGAGCUCUCAGACAACAGACUCAGCUUCAUCAAAGGCUGGAGGGUGCCCAUAUUACCCGACCGCAGAACGGCAAGAGACAGUGAUGAUGAAGAUGAAGAUGACCGUAAAGUGAGUCGGGGAUGUACGCUGCAGUACCAGAGGGCCCAGGUGAAGGUUCUGACCCAGUUCCACACUACUUCUAGUGAAGGCACAAACCAGAUGAUCACUAUGCUGGGCCCUGACUGGCAGGUAGAUGUGACGGAGCUGGUGCAGGACUCUCUGAAGGUGGUGGAUGCCAGGGUGGCCGAGCUGGUGGACAGGACCGUGCUGAUGGCCAAUGAGCUUGGAUCAUCCACUCUCAAGGUUGAAUCCCCACUUGCAGUGGAGGCAAUACUGGGCGAAACACAGUUCUCUGUGGUAGACGAGAAAGUUUCCAUAAUGGAGCUACAUGUUCAUGCUAUCUCAGGACUGGCACUUAAUCUUCAACCAAGCCCUGGCAACAGCCAUACUAUGGUUGCCAAGGCAACUGGCCUGCAGACUCUCUCCACUCCUAAACAGGAGGCCAGUUUGUCCGUCUGGGUUUACUACAGUGACAAUACCGCUGCCCUCCUGAGCAUGUAUGACCCUAAGGACUACAACCUCAAUGCCUCUGCAGUGGACGACAAGGUGGUUACAAUAUCCCAACAACCCCAACAGCGCUGGCCGGUCAUUGUUGCAGAGGGUGAGGGCUCUGGAGACAUUGUGCAUGUGGAGAUGACCAUCUGUGAAGCCUGCCAGAAGACUAAACGCAAAAGCAUCAUUGCCUCCUCUCCUGUGUUCAUCAAAGUCCGCUUUGGACUAGAUGAAGACUCUGAUGAGGAAGUGGAUACAGAAACUGAAAUAGACUCCAGAAUGCCUGCCAACACAAGAAGGCCUGCCAUUGAUCCCAAUGCAGGUGGUGCAGGAUUUGAGCCAUCUAAUGAGCAACCAGCAAGCGUGCCCAUCGAUUACACCAACUUCCCUACAACCAGUAAUCAGGAGGAACCAACUGAAGAAGAUGAUGAGGAAGAUGACUUUGUCCAUAGUCCUCGUAGUAUGACUGACCUAGAGAUCGGCAUGUAUGCUCUUCUUGGCGUGUUUUGUCUUGCCAUACUGGUCUUUCUUAUCAAUUGCAUUGUGUUUGUGCUGAAGUAUCGCCAUAAACGUAUCCCACCCGAAGGCCAAGCCAACAUGGACCAUUCCCACCAUUGGGUGUUCUUGGGCAAUGGUGAACCCUUGCGCACUCAGAGCGAUCUCUCACCCCAAACAGUGGAGAGUCCCAGCAAUACCUUGGAAGGGGUACAGACUUGUUGUCAUGGAGAUCACCACAGCAGUGGCAGCUCCCAGACCAGUGUACAAAGCCAGGUCCAUGGCCGAGGAGAUGGCAGCUCUGGCGGUUCCACCAAGGACCACGGAGAAGAAGCCAACUCACCGACCUCCAAGCGCAAGCGUGUUAAGUUCACCACUUUUACCCUUCCCAUGGAGGAGUUACCUUACAACUCCAUUCCCAUUGCCAAUGAGGAGGACAUUCAGUGGGUAUGCCAAGACAUGGGCUUCCAGAACCCAGAGGAACUGCACGACUACAUGCGCAGGAUAAAGGAAAUAGCCUGAUUGGUCUAUGAACUUUCUAAAGAUGUUCCUUUCUAUUUUUCUCUCUUAAUAUUCACUCUAGAGGAGCUACCUUUCACAAGAAAAAAACAACCAAGGCCUAGUGUCCAGUUUUGUUGGGGGUUUCUGCACAGUGCUGUUUCUCUUACAUGUUUGGCACUUGUUUGAACAAAAACUAUUCAUAACACUGUCUGGAAAGCCAAAGACAAGAAAGUGGCUUUAGCAGUGUGUCUGAUUGCUGGUCAAUUGAAGAGUGUCUACAAUCUUUAAGGAAACACAUAGAGUUUUGUUUGUGAGCACUGAUAUAAAAACAAAUUCCUAAAAGACUCAAUCAUUCUUGCGGCAAGGAUGUGAUGGUCACCCUGUUGUGGACAUGAUCUUCCUCAGAGGAAUGCCUGGAAUCUUGGCACUGUGUCCAUUUUUCUUCUUAUUAUUAUUUUAACUCAAUAGAUUCUUCUCCAACAAAGAGGCCUUUGAAGAGCAGAUUCUAAUUCUGUCCCAGAUUUGUGUUUGAGAUGGAUCAUUGUCAUGCCAUCAUUGAUAAACCUGACACUUAGCCACUGCAACUGUAAUGAACAUUCAUUAGGACAUGCCAUGUAUUCUUUCUGUAAUUGUUGGAAAAGUUUAAUGAUUUUAUUCCACCCCUUCACCCUCCCUUUCUUUUAAUGUUAUCUUGGUCCAACACAUGCCUUGGUUGUUGAAUUUGUUCUUCAUUUGACUUCAGUGUUUCAUACUUCUUCUAAAUCUGGAUGAUGCCAUCUUUGGUUCUCUCACUGUCUUAGUUAAGUAAAAUGCCUUAUUAAACAGAUUACAAUAGUCACAAUCUCUCUCUGUGCUGACACCAUGUUUGUUCACAUUGGUAAGGGUCAAAACUGGGCAACUCUACAGAUGUCUAAAUCUGAAUUGAAUGCGUGUCAGCAUGGGGCAAGGCGGGAGAUUGUACAUUGUUCCAACAUUCCUCUGCAUGAAUGGAGACUUGAAGGCACAAUUGGCUCUGUGUUGUUUACUUUUUUACUUUGUAUAUGUUUGUAUUGUGAGAAUUAUCUAAUCAUACAUAAACAAUACUAGAGGACAUAUCAUGUUACUAUUCAUUACAUGCAUGUGCCAGACCUGCCCUUCUGUGCUCUCCCUUCCAGGUACAUUCCAUGUUCAGUACAUAAUGACUCCUGAAGCUUAACUCCCAAUAACUCAUGAGGAACAAGGAAGGCAGAUGCCAUAUAGGGACAUAGCCAGAUACUUAAAUUUAAGUAAGGCUCUUUUUUCUCUUGCUCUUUUUCUGUCUCUUUAAUGGUCUCACCAUGAAUUCCCACCCAAGUGGUAAUAUAGUAAAUAUCUUUUGUAAGGACAAAAUGCUAUGCAAACACACUGGAGGGGUUGAUUAUUGUGGUUAUUGAGUAAGUUUGCCCUAAAUAUCACUAUAGCACCACAAUUACAUAUGUUACUUAAUAUACCAUAAAUAUAUAAAUACUAGUUGUAACUUUGCCACAAUGUAAUUUGCUGGUUUUGGGAUUUCUUAUUUAUAUUAUGUUUGUUAAGGCCAAAGUGUACUUCGGUUUUCUGCUUGCCGGUACAUCUUGGUAACAGUGCACGUGACAGUAAUAUCAUCAUCAGUACAGUAUGUGUGGCCUGUCCACUGCCUGUUUUUCCAAGUCGCUGGAACAAUCCUCAUCUUUGUGCGCUUUGAAUGGGCUCCCGGUCAAAAAAAUAUAGGUUACUUUGAAAGCCUGACUGCUCGACCAUGUGAUAAGCCUAAUGGCACGUGGAAAAAGGAAGUAGACCGUAGAAUUUAAUUUGUUUGUUUUUAUCUUUUAAGCUCGCUAGACUUGUUAAAAAAACAAAGCUGUGAACCCUUAAAAAAAGAGUUCUGGCAAACUAGCCACAAUUUUGCCACUCAUUAUUUUCACAUGUAAAUGAGCUUUUGAUUCAUGCAAAUGUUUGCCAGAAGUUUGCAGCUGUUCACUAGUGGUGAACCUACAGCAAAUAUUUGGCAACAAUGAACAAUUUGCAGCAAAGCUCAUUUGCAUGUGAAAAUAAUCAGUGGCAAAUUUGUGGAAAGUUUGUGGCAAAUUUGCCAUGUUUGGUAGCACAGUAGCUCAAUACAAGCCCAAAUAUGUAAACAUGUACUUGUUUAAAAAUGGUUAAGCAGGUAAUGUGUCUGGAAAUAUUUUUUGUGGUGGGGCACAAUUAAAAUACCAAUAUUGCUGCUGACCUAUCAAAGGUUAGUUUCAGGGUUACAGUCCUUCCAGUUUAUUCAGGACGUCUACAGUCAUACACUGUAUUAAAGUGAUUAAUUUCCCACUGUGCUUAAGGAUGUGCCCUUUGUUUUCAUAAGUUGUAUUAGUAAUUUUCCUGUAACCAGGA